GGCUCGCGAGCGACCACCGAGCAAGAACCGGUCGCAGCUUCCUAUACAUAUAUAAACACAGUGUGUCGAUCGAGUAUAUAUAAUACUCGCAGCCGCUUCUUCUUCAUCGCGAGUAAACGCACGUACAUAUACGAGUCGACGGUGCUUGACAGAUAUGCAAAUAAUCGAGCAGCAGUAUUAGUCCUUUUUUUUUCGUGUACAUACUCUCGUAAUUGUCACCGAGUCGGCUGUGUGUGUUUGUGUGGGACUCGGCCGAUAAUCACCGGACAUCAUCCGUUAGGAGAGGCAUCGAUAGACGCAGAUCGACGUAGCAAGACAUUCGAAGUAAGAAAAAUGAAGUAUUUCGCGCUUACGGCACUGCUGCUGCUGGUGCAGCUGACGACUAUGUUGGCUAGCUGCCAGGAGCAGGGCUUCGUCUAUCCGGACGCGUUCGAGAUGAUGAAGCUGCAAGCCGAGGACGAGGCCGAAAACCAACGGCUCCAGUCUUAUCAGAUCAGCGGCGCGCGACCCAACGAGCUCAACGGCAACAACAACGGCAACUACUGGACCAGACCGGGAGCCCCCGGCACGCAUCCGGUCGGCCAAUUCGCGAGCUUUGCGCCUGUGGCCGCCUCGGCUGCUCCUCCACCUCCACCGGGCGCCCUUGUUGGGCCUGCGUCGUCGUCGUCGGCUCUGGCGCCCAACCGACCACCGGCCCAACAACAAUUAGGUGCCACGCCGUUCGACAAUUUUCUGCCGCCACGUUGGCGCGAUCACGUGCUCAAUCUCAUCUCGCGCGGCAUCACCAAGUUCGCCCUCGAUCUGGACCGCGUGAUCGAGCAGACCUCGGAGGCGAGCACGGAGAAUCGCGUCUUCUCGCCGGCCUCGCUCACCCUGACCCUGUCGAUGGUGCUGCUCGCCUCGGGCGGCAAGACCUUCGACGAGGUCUCCAAGAUCCUCGGCCUCGAGUCGGGCAUCGACGUCUCCAAGCACUCGGAGAUCGUCCAUCAGAUCUUCGGGCUGUCGAUACGCGAGACCCUGAAGAAGGAGCAGCUGGACCCGACCCUGCCACGAUCCAACUUCGGCUUCGGCAUCUUCGUGGAGAACGGCUACCCGAUACGCGAGCAGUUUCGCGCCGUCAGCGAGAACGUCUACAAGGCCGACGUGGUGAACGUGGAUUUUUCGCGCGACAACAAGGGGGCCCAGCAGUUGAUCAACAACUGGGUGAACAAUCGUACCGCGGGACUGAUCAAGAGCCUGCUUAGCGAGCCACCGAGUCCGCUGACCAAGGUCAUCAUCACGUCGGCCCUCUACUUCAUGGGCGAGUGGGAGCAGCACUUCGUCGAGGAGUCGACGAGGAGGAAGCCCUUCUUCACGGAGCCCAAUCAGUCGGUCAUGGUCGAUCUCAUGUACAACGGCGGCGAGUUCCCGUACCACGAGGACGCCCAGUUGGGCCUGAAGAUCAUCAGCUUCCCCUACAAGGGACGCGAGCUGUCGAUGUACGCCAUACUGCCGGACAAGCAGGGCACGGCCGGCCUCCGCGAGAUGAGGAGCAAGCUCAAUCCGGAGAUCAUCGAGUCGCUGAUCGACCAGAUGCGCAAUCAGUCCUGCAUCAUCGGCUUUCCGCGCAUGAAGCUGUCGAGCACGCUGGGCCUGCAGGGCGCCCUCAAGGCUCUCGGGCUGCACUCGCUCUUUGAUCCGGCCACGGCCGAUCUCAGCGUACUGUCCGGUGGUCCGGGUAGUAAACAACCGCAGCAGCCUCGACAGCAGCAGCAACCGGCGUCGGUGAAUUAUUCGCCGACGUUCCAACCGGCUGCGGCACCGGCUUCGCCGGUUAAUUAUUCGUCGCAAAAGUUCCAACCGGCUUCGGCACCGGCUUCGUUCGCUCCGACUUAUCAAUACGCCGCGAGUUAUCAGCCACCAGCAGCACCGGCGGGUUAUCAGCCAGCCCCGGCACCGGUAUCGGCACUGAUCCGUCCACAGCCGUUCGCCCAGUCGUAUCAAUCGGCGCCGAGACCGCAACCGGUGUCGCAACUGCUGCAAGCACCACCGCUAGCAGUUCCAGCCUCGGCACCAUUGCCACAGCAGCAACAGCAGUACGGCCAAGCGCAGGCCAGGGCCCAGGGUGGCUUCAAGCCCGGCGCCAGCAUCAAUCGCAGCAGCGACGCGCAGAGCCGCUACUUCAGACAGCAACUGCAGCAAACGAAUAAUGUAUGGCAGCCGCGCAGAUGGAAGCGCCAGAAUCGGCCGAUCGACCAGGAAUUCCUGAACUUCGUCGAGUCGCAGAAGCUGCCGACCUUCGGCGUGGACGAGCUGAGAAACACGCCGGGCCUGACGAAUCCGGGCAUCUGGGCCGACGACGUGCUGCACAAGGUCGAGAUGGUGGUGAACGAGCGGGGCACCGAGGCCGCCGCCGCCACCUCGAUCCUGCUCGACCGGACGGGCAACUUCAAGCGCUUCAUCGCCAAUCGGCCCUUCGUCUUCUUCAUCAGGCACGACGCGAGCAAGUCCAUCUGGUUCUGGGCCACGAUCAACAGGCCCGAUCCGUUCUACGUCGGCAAAGACUCGCCUUAAUUCGAUAUAAAGAAACGAGUACGCGACUAAAAAUCUUUUGUGAUUCUUGGUAUACGACGCGCAGCUAAUGCGUUGUAUACACUUACACAUUUUCAUCUCGCUCUCCGUAGACUCUAUCUCUCGUUCUCAGCUACUACUACUACUACUACUAAAAUCGAUAAAUAUAGUGCACGUAUACACGCUCUCGUGUGUAUACGUAUAGACGAAUAUUACCAACCGUACUGAUAAGUUUAAAUCCGUUACUCCUCGAAAGUUCGCAGCUCUCUCUCUCUCUCGCGAGCUCGUGUGUAAUCGCUUUUUACCCUACUUGUAUACGCGAGGCAAGUUUCGAGCCAAAAUCCUGGCCGAGUAUUAUAAUAUUCAAAGCUAUGCAAGUUUGCUCCGUACGCGUGUUUGUGUGUGUGUGUAUGUAGGUGGGUGUGUGCGUAUGCGCGUGUGUGUGUGUGUGUAGUUCGUAGUGUGCCAGACAGCCAACCAGCCAACCAGCGGCUCAUUAUUCUAUACAUAUAUACUAUAUAUACAUCGAAAUACGAACAGAGAGUAAAAUUUUGCACCUCGACGGAGGAUAUGUAGCUGCGAAAACUGCCAAGGUUAAAAUGUGAAUAUUUUGCAAACACGAGCCGAAGAUUUUCGCCUAUCGUAAGCGAGCCAUUUUGCAAAAAAAUUUUCAUUCGCUAGCCUGGCGAUUCGUUAUAUCCUCCUCGAAGCGUAUCGAUCGUUUCUCGCGGGCUACUUUUUUAUGUACGCGUAAACUUUAUAUUAUUAUUAUUAUUAUCAUGACUUAUGAGAGCUCGUGAACUCGCCUUUUUCAGAGCCUCGUUUACAUUAUACGAUACACGGUAACUGCAGAGAGAAUAAGAGAGAAGAGAGUCGUACGCGUGCAUUUGUCGCGACGAUAAAAGAACCUUUUUUUUUCCAACGCACGCGUUAAUAUACCUACCUACGUUGUAACGAGCGAUGAUUUAUUGAAAAACGCCAUCAGUCGCGCGCUGGAUAAUUUUUAAUGCAUUUUUAGUUUUUAUACAUAUGUGCGAAACACACACACACACGCGCGCGCGCGCGCACGCACUUCGUCGUCCAUUUUGUAGAUAAUAUCCGUCGGCAUUCCUACCUUUUAAUUUUACUUUUUUUUUUUUAUUCACGAAUAUGUCUGUGUUUAUAGUGCGCUGUUAUAAUGUAUAAAAUAAAACAACAACAACAACAACAACAACAACAAAAAACGAAGACGAAAGAAUCGAUUUUUUUCGAUACUGUAAAAUAUUUAUACGUAAUAAAAAAGUAAAAAGUCAAUAACAAAGUGUGAUUUAUCUUUUCCUUCACUUUUCAACGAGCAAUCAAUCAUGUACGCACUCUCAUUUUUUUUUCACGAUCUACAGUGAAUUUCGGUACAAGUAUCGCAAUCCAAUUUUCCAAACUAAUUAUAUAA